AAGGGUGCAUGAUCCGUACAGGAGCCAGCCAAAUAAUAAGUAAAUGAACUCUGAGAACACGCGUUGUCGGAAGUUUUUUUGUACGUUUAUACGAGAAUAAAAUGGAUAAAGACAACCUCUCCGUAGUCCUGCACUCUAAGGGAGAUCUCAGACUGGAACAGCGUCCGAUCCCGGAGCCAGGACCAAAUGAUGUGUUACUUCAGAUGCACUCUGUGGGCAUUUGUGGAUCAGAUGUGCACUAUUGGCAGAACGGUCGCAUCGGGGACUAUGUGUUGAAACAGCCCAUGAUCCUGGGACAUGAAGCCUCUGGUCGUGUGGUGAAAGUGGGAUCUGCUGUGACUCACCUCAAACCAGGAGACAGAGUUGCAGUUGAGCCUGGAGUUCCUCGUGAUGUAGAUGAGUUCUUUAAAUCUGGACACUACAACCUCUCUCCCAGCAUAUUCUUCUGUGCCACUCCUCCAGAUGAUGGAAACCUGUGCAGAUACUACAAACACAACGCUAGCUUCUGCUACAAACUUCCCGAUAAUGUGACUUAUGAGGAGGGAGCCCUGAUCGAGCCCCUGUCAGUAGGUAUUCAUGCCUGCAGGAGGGCAAGAGUCACUCUCGGAAGCUCAGUGUUUGUCUGUGGUGCAGGACCAAUUGGACUAGUUUCUUUGUUGGCGGCCAAAGCCAUGGGUGCUUCACAAGUAAUAAUAAGUGACUUGUCCACUGAUCGGCUUGCCAAAGCUAAAGAGAUCGGAGCAGACUUCCUGCCUCUUGUGAAAAAAGAGGAUACACCUCAGGACAUGGCCAAAAAAGUGGAGGGAAUGCUGGGUUGCAUGCCUCAAAUCAGCAUUGAAUGCACUGGAGUGGAGAACAGCAUUCAAACAGCCCUCUAUGCUACUCGUUCAGGAGGAGUGGUGGUGUUGGUUGGGCUUGGUAAUGAGAUGACCACCAUACCCCUUCUCAAUGCAGCAGUCAGAGAAGUUGACAUCAGAGGUGUAUUCCGUUACUGUAAUACCUGGCCGGUAGCCAUUUCUAUGUUGGCGUCUAAGAAGGUGAACGUCAAACCCCUGGUCACCCACCGUUUCCCGCUGGAGCAGGCUGUUCAGGCCUUUGAGACCACUCGUCAGGGUCUUGGGGUUAAAGUCAUGUUAAAAUGUGACCAGAAUGACCAGAACCCAUGAGAUCAACUACUAGACCCACAUCUGAUUAUUGCCUUGUUAAAGUCACUUCAACAAAUUUGUUUAAUCCAGCAAGUUUUGAGAGUAACCUCACUAUUGGUCUCGGGUUCAGCAGUCACAGGAAUUUCACUGUGGAUUCAGUUAUGUAUCAUUUAAAUUGCAUUGUAAUUUACUGUAUGAAUCUAGGAUUUUACAUUAGUAAAAUGAAUAUAAAUAAAAAAAUAUAGAA